AUGUCAUUGAAGCUGCCGGAAGGUCCUGCGGUCGAUCACGAAAAGUAUGAUGAUCAUGUGACGGACGCAAGUAACGGUACCUACUUACUACCUAUAUCAGAAGCGUAUUUCCUUUUUAUCGUUUAUCUAAACUUAUCCCCCGUACAGAUGGUAUCCGAUCAUCCGUUAUCCGAUCCUCCAUCGUCCCCACGUCACUUUUUGUUUCAUCUCGCCUCCUUCCAUGAGAAGCUCACACAAGCAUCCACAUCCGCAUCGACAUCCACAUCCUUAUGUGUACUACGCUUACUACGCUUACUACGCUUACUACGCUUACUACGCUUACUACGCUUACUACGCUUACUACACCCAUCCUGCCCCAUCGACUACUACACCAUGCGCGCAUCCGGAAAUGAAACGGGUUCAUCCCAUCGAUCCUGUCCAUCGCCGGGUAUGUCGUCGCGGCUCAGAUGCGAUGGAAAGUGGUAUGACGACGCGGCUUCGUCAUUGACCGUUGAUGUAAACAAUGCAUGCAUAGCAAUUGUAUAUGCGAGAGGCGCGAUGGCAAUUGCUUCGUACCUGGUCUGGGUAGUUGAACAUGCUUGGCUUGCCGGAUCGCCCUCGGUCAUGGCCGGCGGAGAGGCUGGGUUGGUGGUUUCACCUUCACCCACGGACAGAGUAGCUGCACGGGGAUGGAUUCGCGGAUAUUACUUUUGUCGAUCAUCUGACUCGGAGAGUCGGAGGGUCGGAGAGGCAGCGCAGCAUCUACCGGUACUUUACGGUAAACACCCAAUCGACAAACCAUCUAUCUCUCUGGUUUGGGUUGAUCCGGAGGCCGCAGACACCACCGCCAGCCGACCUGCGACCUGCGACCUGCGACCUGCGACCUGCGACUUGCGACCUACGACCUAUGACUUACGACCGACGACCUACGACCGACGACCUACGACCUACGACCUACGACCUACGACCUAA